UGUGCCUUCCCCCAAGGUAGGUGUGGUUGAUCCAACAGAAACCGAGUGAAAAAGGCCUAUUCCUGUUUGGAGGGGGUGCUAAUAAGGCACCCAACCCCUCCUUUGCUGAGAGCUGACUGGCGACAUCCAAUCAUCUGAGGUAGGGUUAGGGCCACGACCAGGGCUGGGAGGCCCUCCCAUACCUGGUCCAGGCCUGAGACUUCUCAACACUACCAGGCAAGGCCUCUCCUGCCUAUCCGGCCUGCACUCCCUGGUGGGUGGGGGAGGUGCUGCUCAGGCCUGAUGCUGAUCUCUCCUGACAGCUGCUCCUAAGGCUGGCAGGGCGGGCAGGCGGGGGAAGGGACAGAUUUAAAGGUCUAGCUGCCCCGCCCCCUGCCAGACCUGGGAAGGCAGGCGCUGGUGAGCAUCCUCUCUGUCCUAAUUUCCACUUCUUGGUACCAUGAACGCCACUGGUCCUCAUUCCCGCUUCCAUCCCACAGGACAUCAGGAAGACUAGCGGCACCCACCAUGCGAUUUCGACGCCUGACACCUGGCUACUUCCGAGUGCUACAGGUAAGCACCCCAAAUGGUGGCUUCUGGGACCGACCCCUUCCUCCCCCUACCAUGGCUGGGAUGAUACCCAGCAGCCAGGCUGUCACAUUCCCUGCCGCCUGAGCAGCCAGGGCCCACAUAGGCAGUGAAGCGAGAGGGAUUGGGGUGGAAUCUCCCUGGGGCAGCAAUGGUAUCCAUAUCUCCUUCCCUCAGCUGUAGCUUCUCAGCCCCUUUCCACCCCCCACCUUCCCAGAAGUCUCAGCUGACCCCUCAGGUGGACCCUCUGUGCACCUCCAGAUGCAGAUAGCUGGGGAGCUGAAGGCAGAGCCCCGGAGUCCACUGGUGGGGAUCGUGGCUGCACUGCUGGCUAUCCUCGGGCUGGGUGGCUCCUGCUAUGCUGUCUGGAAGAUGGUGGGGCAGCGGCGGCCGCCACAGGCUCCAUGAUGAAGUGGGCAGCCUCUCACCUGGGCCCUGGGCGGGUAGGUGACUCUCGGGGGCUACAAUCUCAGGAGCCUACUUCUUUUCUGGGGGGGGUGUCACUCCCUGCCCUCAUUGGAAGCAAGGUAGUAUAAACCUGAUCCUACCCAUCCCCCCCACACACCUGGGCUGCAAUGGGGGGGCUUCAGCUCAGAUGCCAGGAGCCCUGAGGGAAGAAAAGGAUUCAGGUUUUAAAGCUGAAUCAAGUAGGGAGUAAACACCC